AUGGCUAACAGAGAAUAUGGUCCACCCUCCAAAUUUUCAUGUACUGAAGAUCAUUUGUCUUGCGUCUGCUGCAAACUGUUUUAUAAUAACAAAGCUAUCAACAAUUCGGGAUGUGCUUGUGGUAAGUGUUGCAACUGUGUAUAUUCACAGAAAAGUUCCAAUCAUAACUCACUUCCAUAUACAGAAGUCGAUCAUCAGAGGGAUAAAAGAUUUCGUUCCAGUUUAAUCUGUCCUCAUCGUAGACGUUCUUGGAAAGCAAGAGUUGCGGCCAUUAAUGCAAUCGUUGAUCUAGUUCCAAGAAGUAUUCCCCAUUUGGUUCUACUGACAGAAUCGUCUGACUGUGAUAGUAAGCCAAACAGUAAAGCAAAUUCAGAUUCGUCUCCUCCAGUUUAUCUUGCACCUGAAUCACUAGGAUUCUCUACGCUUUCGAAACAUUUAUCUGCUAACACUCCAUGUGAUCAAGAUUUGAAAUCAUCUGUUCCACUGGGCUCUGAAUCUCAUCCACCAGAUUGGAUGCCUGCAGGAACUAAUAUCCUGGAUCAUGUUAUAAACUUUCUCAGUGAUUGUUGGAAUAAAAUGAGUCAAAAUGCGUCUUCCAAGCAUUUUGAAAAACAGAAAGUCUGCAGUUACUACACUCCUAAACAAAAUUCUUUCAUAUCAAAUAGAUCAAGUUCACCUAAUUUAAUGGUAACAGCCAAUUCAGCACCUCAGUCUUCUCCAGAAGCAUUAUCGGACAAAUCAUUCAGUGGAGGACUUUUAAAUACGUUGUCUAUAGCUUCGGCUACUGGACGCAAAGCCAUACAUUCUGCUAACCAGGCUUUAAAGAAACUUUCUAGCGGUGCUAAACGUCAUCACAAUUGUAAAUUAUCUCCUGUUAGUAGCACUUCUAAAGGAUUUCUACCUGCGAUUUUCGAUAUUCAUGGUAAGGCUAACACCAGUGAGCAAAUAUCUUCUAUUGCAAGUAUCCAAACAAACACUCUAGAAUCGACUCUUCUACAAAAUACCAAUAUUCUUACGCCUUCUGUGCCUCCUCCGAUAGUAUUAAAUUUGUCGUCGCAAUCUAAUAACACUUCGAGUGAAUAUAAUCGUAUAUUUUCAGAAACGCUGAGUAAUGAUCAACAUUCUGUUCAUUGGGAAACUGGCACUUCACCUGUUCAUGCAUACCGUGACGAGUCGCCUGUUCGAAAAGAAAAAGUGAAAUCGCACCAUAAAAAUUCACACCUGAAAAAAUUUCAUUCGAAAUCGAUGCAUAAUAAGAUUAUUCCUUUAAAUAAUUCAUCAGCCUGUCUCAUCGAUGCUUCUAAUCCAUCAUUAUGUCGAUCUACUGUUCAAGAUUUCAGAAGACUUACUACUAUGGAUAGUAGUAAUAAAAUGAAUGUACAAAUAAGCCUUGAUAUCUCACCGUCAUCAACGUCUUCAUCAUUAUCAUCAACAAAAGUCACAUUUUUGCGGAGUCCUGAUAAAUCAUCUUAUCAUGAAAAUUAUACUGAUAAUAUCUUGCACAAUGCUAAAAAUCCACACACUGGAUUACAUGAUGACUGUCAUUGUUUAAAUCAUCCACAGGAAGCACUCAAAUUUAGUAAACAAGGUGUACAACAUGUCCAUGAAAUGCCGUCUUCGAAUUUUAAUGCAACCGUAAUGGCUGAUGAUGUUAAUACACCUUCGUCUGUGUCUUUGAAUGGAGACAUGCCAAAAGACUGUUGUCAGUUACACAACGAAGUGGAGAAUUCAAUCCCGCUUAGUGAUCAUCAGGGUUAUACAACAUCAUCUGGUUUUAAUGACCAUUAUUUUUCGAUCGGCUCACUAUCACAAAAUGAUUCGGGCACAUAUUUUACUAUGCAAAAUAAUGAUGAUGAUGAUGAUGAUGUUGAAUCAAUAUAUGAUGAGAUAAUUCCAAUUGAAUCCUUAUCAAUUGAGAAUGAACACUGUAGUCUCACAAAUGAUCAGAAGAUGAUAAAUAAUUCUUCAUUACCACAAUCAUCAAUGGAUAGCAAUUACACUGAAGAACAUAUCUAUGCAGAACCUGUUGAUUGUUUAGGAUUUGGAUGCUUAGAAAAAUAUAUUAUACCACAGAAUUUUUCACACUUUUACACCAAUGUAAAUAAUCCACUGGUUACUAAUAGCAUAUCAAAUAAAGCAUUGUCGACAUCUACAACGUAUUCAACCAGUACCGUUUCAUUAACAAGUACGUCAAACACUUGGUUCGGAAAUACGAUAGGUUCUCGACGAGAACGUUAUCGAUCAUUCAGUACACCUGAAGGAUGUUCUACAGCUUCUGAUGAUGUCCGUGGUUCAUCGACCAGCUUCUUAUCCAGUAUUAAUUUUUCGAAAAGUAUGGUACAUCCUCUUUCUGCAAAGCAAAUCCACUCGCGGUCCGUAAGGUCUAGUCAUGCUGAUGAAUUGUGUAACGGCCUUCAUUUGGAUUUCAGUACUAACAGUACAUCAUUCUCAACUACUACCUCACCUCUAAAAUCUCGUAUGCAUAGUACAGAUGCAGUUUUUGAAAAGUUAACACAUUACAGUACUCCUGUCAGUUCACCUGCUUCCAUCACUUUAAGUGAUGAUUUGAGUGAAAAUGAAUUUUCCAAUUUUUCAACUAUUCGUCCUCUAUCACUACCGAAUCCUUUAUCUCGUUCACAUCAUCAUCAUUUUUGGCAUCAUCCAAAAUGCCCCCAUUAUCAAAUUCAUCGCGAUUCUCAAGAUAGUGGUCUGGGAACGGUAUCACCCUCCUCUUCAAAAUUUCAACUACAGUGUACAUCAGAUGGUUGUAAUUUCAAUCAUUACAAAAAUAAUCCAAACAGCACUGAUAUAUAUUCAUCUGAACGUUUAUCAACUACUAAUCUACCAUACAGAAUUGGCCAACAAUAUCCUUGUAAAUCAUAUUCAUCUAUACUUUCACCACCUUCUUCUGUAAUGCCUUCAUGUUGUUGUCGUUGUACAACAUUAAAUAAUACACCAUCGAAACCUAUUUUUAUUGAUCCAUCAGAUUUCCAAACUCAUCAUCCUACACAAUCCCCGUUAUCUUUUCCAACAUGCGGUGUCCUGUCAAUGGCAAGUAGUAAUACUAAUCACUAUUAUCGUAAUCCUUGUGAUCAAUCUUAUUCUCUUUCUUCUUCUUCUUCAUCACAUAGUCAGCAGAGUAUUCUGAAUUCUGUAAUUCCAAAAGAAUUUAAGUGGUUUCGUCGUAACAAACCGCUAAAAUUGUUCGGGCAUAAUCGUUUUUCAACGGAAACUCAGACUCAUUCUUCUUCACCACCGUCGAUGGUAUCGUCUGCACCGCCACCUAUGCCACCGCCGCCUCCUCCUCAUCUUCCUCCACCACCCCCUUUUUACUUUUCAGUCAAUAACAGCUGCAAUUCAACUCCGCAUACUUUAUCUAUUCCUCCAAGCAGUAAUAAUAAUAACUUGUUAACAUCGUCCUCAUCAUUGCAUUUAGAAUCUCAACAGCUGUCUGUACUGCACGGGGGCACUGUAAAUGUACAGUAAUGCUGCUUUCUACGUUUGUAUCACUUGAACGGAGUUUGAAGUCACUAGAAGCUACAUUUGUUAAAUAUUCAGAUUUUUGUUAGCACAUAUGAUGAAUAACGGAAUAAACUCCAUCAUGAAAUCUGUUUACCGUCGAAAAGUUGGUCCUACAAUUGUGCCAAAAUGAAAAUAAUACUGUGCUUCCCAUCUACUGCGAAAUUUUAAAAACCUUCAAAAUCUCUGUACCUGAUAAUGAUUGUAAGUUCUGCAUUCAAUGUGUUUUACUCUAUCAUCUGUGUAUCAUCUUUCUUCUUACGGGUGAGGAUAUACGUCAUGACGUGUUAUAUUUUCCGUGACUCAGAUUUUUUCGUCUUUCAUUGGCUAGAACGAUGGCGGUCAAUUGGAUACUUGAUUUGUCCUUGGUAGGUCGUAUCGUGUGAGGUUUUGUGUGGUUGUGUUAUGCGUCGUUUACAAGCAACUUUGACAAACAUGGAUGUAAUAUUUGACUAUUCUAACAUUGUUUCACUGUUUUUUUACACAGGUACACUUCUCUUUUCGUUGUAAACUCCCUCAAAACUGGUCAGGCAUUAUGGUUGCUAUCAUAAACUAGCAUCCCGUGGGUGCCAAUGCAUUUCUUGAGUUGUGGUUAUAGGUACAGUAUUUCCUACUUCGUGAUUUCUCACUUACAUAGUCUGGUAUCCUGUGUUUCUUGCGACUUAGCUAUGACAAGCUGUGGCAAUAAUGUGCUUCGCUAAUGAGCCCUUUUUCUAGAAUUUCAUCGCAGGUUAUCAGUGCGAGCGCAAGCAGAACAUAUGUAAGACGCAUUAGAAGACUUUCAAAAGGCGUGAACCUUAUAUAUUGCUAACAGUGAUGAACUUUUCCGCAUAGCAGUAUGUGGAUACGUUCACAUGCGGAGAGGAAAUCCACGAGUGAGACAUUGUAUUUUAGUGAGACAGCUUUGUGGGACUUUCAUCUAGCCUGUAUGUUUCGCUCUAGUAUUUUUGUCCCUCAGACCACUAAAAAAGUAUUAUCAAAUGUAUUCUUGUAGUAUCAUUCGAUGGCACAAUUACUGGCAG